AUGCACUCCAGCCUUUUCCUCUCCUUCCUGCUCACCUCGUACGGUGCUGCCGCUGACGACAGUUGUCCUCCCGCCACGAUCGCGAAGCUUGGUGAGUUAAACACUAACCCACACCUGCAUUCCUGCCAGAAGAUCAUCUCCGACACUCCACCUGCGAAUGGUUCGACAAAUGAGCAAGUCAAAGCCAUGUGUACUUCCGACAAGUGUAGCGCACUGAUUAACGACGUCCUGAACUUCAUUCAUACGGACUGCAACAUGUCGCUUGUCGGUGUUGAACUUGACGUGCGCGAACUCGUCAACACAUUCGAGAAGGCGUGCCAGAAUAAUACGGACGGCAGUCGUGACUUGAAGAAGUAUGAGCGCCCUCCAACGGAGAAUGACACCAUGAACCACAGCGGACAGGGAGAACUGAACUUCGUCAAGGAUGGAGAUGUCACGCAGGUCGCGGAAAACACGAGCAAGAAAGACGACUACAAGCUGAAGCCUCCGAUGAACAAUAGCACAGCGAAAGAAUUCUUCCCGAUGCCCAACACGACAUACAAGGCAGUAGUUCCUGGAAGCACGCACUAG